AUGAUUUUCUGUUCAUCAUUUGUUAUCCAUCGAAAAUACUGCAGUUCUAAACCCCAUAAGGGGGAGCUGCCUUACCAAGUCCAUCAUAUCUCGGAACAUUUCUUUUUCUUCUUUCUUUUUAACAGUGUUGGAGGAAAUGAAAACAUAAGUACAGUCACAACACUAGCAAAUAUUCUUCGUGAGUUCAACCCAUCCCUGAUAGGGUAUUCUAUUGGUACUGGAAAGGAGACUACAGAUAAUGCUGCACUUAACCAAGCUGUGGCAGGGAAUCAUGCAGAGGAUGUUCCUGCGCAGGUUAGAAGACUAGUGGACCGAAUGAAAAAUGAUACUAGGAUAAAUUUGCAGACUGACUGGAAGCUGAUAACACUUUUAAUAGGAGGAAAUGACCUAUGCAAAUUCUGCAACAAUCCAGUACAGUAUUCUCCUGAAAACUACACCUACAAUCUACAAAGAGCUUUGGACAUACUUCACAGAGAGGUUCCACGGGCAUUUGUCAACCUGGUGACAGUGCUUUUCACACCAGGCCUUCGGGAGCUGCAUGCAUCACAAAACAAUACCUGCCCAAGGAGGAUUAUGAGGAUCCUGUGUCCUUGUGUCGUAAACCCUGAGGACAAUUCCAACGCGUUCAAGAAGUUGGUCUACUUUAACAGAAGGUAUCAGGAGAGGACCCGCCAGUUAGUGGAGAGUGGAAGGUAUGAUACUACGGACAAUUUCACAGUGGUUAUGCAGCCAUUUUUGAUGAAUAUGAACAUGCCAAAAACACAGGAAGGGUUGCCAGACAGUUCAUAUUUUGCCCCGGACUGUUUCCACUUCAGCCAGAAGUCUCAUUCCCAGGCUGCACGUGCUUUGUGGAACAAUAUGCUGGAACCCUUAGGGGAGAAGACAGAUAAUCAACAAAUGGAAGAUGAGAUUCUUCUCAGAUGUCCAAGUGAGGCUGAGCCAUUCCUGAGGACGUAUAAGAACAGUAAUUACACAUACCCUAGCCAAACUUCAAAUUAUGGAACCCAGCUGCUAUGUGCGGACAGGACUCCAUCCUCCCCGCCUGCAACUUCAGUGCAUUCCCUAAAGCCAGCUGAUGUGAAAAUUAUAGCAGCCCUGGGGGAUUCUUUGACGGCUGGUACAGGAAUUGCCUCAGAUAAUCUCCUGGAUUUGGACACUGAAUACCGGGGACUGUCUUGGAGUAUUGGAGGAGAUGCAUCAUUAGAGAAUGUGACAACUCUACCUAACAUUUUUCGAGAGUUUAAUGUUACAAUCAUGGGCUAUUCAACUGGCACCGGGAGUGAGAAUGAUUCGAAUUCAUUCCUUAACCAGGCAGUUCCUGGAGCACAGGCUGAGCACUUACCAGCCCAAGCAAGGAAUCUCCUGAGACUAAUGAAAACUGAUCCUAGAAUUGACUUCAGUGCUGACUGGAAGCUCAUAACGGUGCAUAUUGGAGGCAAUGAUCUGUGCAACUAUUGCAAAGAUCCUGAUCAUUACUCAGCUGUGAAUUUUGUCAGAAGGAUUCAAGAAACUCUUGACAUUCUGCACAAGCAGGUUCCGAAAGCUCUAGUGAGUCUGGUUCAAGUGAUGGACCUCCUUCCUCUGAGACAGUUGUUUGUGGAUUCUCAAGUUUAUUGCCCUACUUACAUGGCAGAUUAUCUGUGUAGUUGUGUUCUCACAGGAGAAGAAAACUCACCAAAUUUAACGAUGGUGAGGGAAGCCACCAGAGCUUACCAGCUUGGCAUUCAGAGACUAGUGGAGUCUGGCAGAUACGACACUCAUGAAAAUUUUACAGUGAUCAUCCAGCCUUUCCUCCAAAAUCCCAAGAUUCCUCUUGGUCAGGAUGGGCACCCAGAUACCUCCUACUUUUCACCUGACUGCUUCCAUCCAAGCCAGAAAGGCCAUUCUCAGCUUGCCAAGGCUCUCUGGAAUGCUGUGUUACAGCCUGUAGGCCAGAAAGCUGACUCAUUUAAUUUCAUGGAUGACAUCGUCCUUGACUGUCCAACUCAGAACAAGCCAUUCCUGGGAACGUACAAGAAUACCAACUACACACAUCCACCUGUGGAGCCCACUAAUGAGCCAACAGAGAAUUGGGGCAGUGACCUGUCAUGUUCUGAACAGACUCCAUCCAGUCAUGUCCCAACAUCAGUACAUGAGCUACAACCUGUUGAUAUCAAAGUCAUAGGAGCACUGGGUGAUUCCCUGACUACUGCAGUAGGAGCCAAAGCAACUGACCUACAAACAGACUGGAGGGGACUUUCCUGGAGUAUUGGAGGUGAUGGGACCCUGGAGACCCAGACUACUUUACCCAAUAUCUUGAAAAAAUUCAGUCCAAACCUCUUUGGCUUCUCCACUGGCAGCUCCAAGGAAACAGCUGGAUUCAAUGUUGCGGAGAGAGGCGCCACCGCACGUAAUAUGUCAGCCCAAGCACGUGAAUUGGUGGAGCUAAUGAGAAGCAGCUCGAAAAUUAAUUUCAAGGAAGAUUGGAAGCUGAUCACUGUCCUUGUUGGAGGCAACGACCUAUGCCAGUACUGUUUGGACAAGGAAGCCUAUUCAGUGCAAAAGUAUGUAACGCACCUUCAGGACGCUCUGGAUAUUUUCUAUGAGGAGCUCCCAAGAGUCUUUGUUAACGUGGUGGAGAUACUAGAGAUUUCUGGACUGCGUCAGAUAGCAGCAAGCUCUUCAGGGUGCGCUUUGACAGCAAAGAAAGUUUGCCCAUGUUUCUUAAACCCCGAGGAAAACUCUCCUGAACUACAAGAAAUUAAGAGAGUUAACCGAGAUUUUCAGGCUGAAGCCUUACAGCUGAUCAACAGUGGUCGGUACGAGGAGCGUGAGGACUUUGCAGUUGUCGUGCAGCCGUUUUUCCGAAACACCUUGCUGCCCACAGACAGUAAUGGCAAGCCAGAUCUGAGUUUCUUUGCUGCAGACUGCUUUCACUUCAGUGUAAGAGGUUACGCUGAGAUGGCCAUGGCUCUCUGGAAUAAUAUGUUGGAGCCAGUUGGUGAAAAGCAGACUUACAACAACUUUACCCAUGACAGAUCAAAACUCAAGUGUCCAAACCCAGAGAAACCCUUUCUUGCCACACUGAGAAAUAGUGGAUUCAGAAAUUCAGAUCUCAGCUUGGAGAAAACUGAACCUUCAGUCCCCUACUGGGCUGUCAUUGUGGCUGCAGUAGCUGGAGUCUUGGCGGGUUCUUUACUUAUCUGGCUUUUGUCAGGAAGACAAGCCAGGAGGCGCCAACAUGAGACCAACACAGAAAGGAAGAUUAAAAUGACAUCUCUGUAAAGCAAGUGGAACAAACCUCUGUCUGCUGAGGCUGCUCUCUGGUGUGAUGCAGAGAGCAGCAGAAUAAAAAAAUAAAAAAAAAAAAAACAAAACAAAAAAAAACACACCACACACCACCAAACAAAAAAACCCUGGUGGAUAUAAAUUAAGCUUCUUGGUUAGCCAGAGAUUUUUUGGACAAAUAAUCUUGCUCAGAAAUGUGCUACAGAGUUAGCUUCUGCAGAUAAGUCA